AUGAAGUGUAAAAAACACCCAGCCGAUUUUAGUAGCGGCGUCGGCGUAUGCGCCUCCUGCCUACGCGAACGUCUAUUUGCAAUUAUAGCCGUCCAGGCCGAGAAAGAAGCACAAGAAGUUCGCCGGGAUUUUGAUACCCAACCGGCUCUUGCUUUUCCCCGGUCUGUAUCCCCUUAUGUAGCUUGCCGGGAAUCAGACGCCGCUGCCACGUGGAACCUGCGUUACAGCAGUCCCCAGGUGGCACCCGCCAGUUCGAUAACAGUUGGAAUCGAGAAGAAGAGAAGCGGUGGGAGAUUUUCUUCGCUUUUUUCGGGUCUUUUUAGAUCCAAAACGGAGAAACCGGAUUCGGAUUCUGGCCCUAUUUCGGAUCCUGGUGUUGCGCGUGCUGCAUCUACUCCUUUGUGGUUUCCUACCAUUCUUCCUGUCCGGCAGAAAAAGCAAAUUCGCACGCUUUCGCUUGACCAAAAUGUGAUCGGUGGCCACAGGAGGAACUGCCGCAAUCUAGACCGUGGAAUGUCGCCUGCUAGGGAUCCCGAUGAGGAGCAUUUUCCCGGGGGAUUGAGCGGGUACUCGUCAGAGUCUUCUCAAGGAUGGAAGCAGACGCCGCGGAGGACGCCGGGGAUGCGACGCCGUGGAGGGUUUCCGGGAUACUGUAGGAAUGUUUCGAGUAUUGCGUUUUGCUUGAGCCCUUUAGUCCGUGCUAGCCCAAACUUGCAAUGGAAUCAGAAGGGGGUUCCGCCCGAGGCGGUGGUUGCCGGCGACAGUAGGAUUCCGGCGAAGCCAUAUCUCUCUAGUGCGUCGUCGUUUUGCAAGAACAGGUCCCGUAAGCUCUGCGAUUUCGGGAGGCACAAUCCCAACCAUUAA